UGACGCGUAUGACGUGGCAGCUGGAGUAGCCCGAGCUCGCGACGAGCUGCCAAAUCUCUCCCUCUGCACAAAAACACACACAUCACGGGUGUUGCCGCGUUUUGGUGCUACAGCUAUACGUAUCACAAUUCAGCAGGAUGGAAGUAAACGCAUGCAAUAUCCAAGUUCUUCUGCAAGCUGCUGAAUAUUUGGAAAGAAGAGAAAGAGAGGCUGAGCAUGGUUACGCUUCAGUCCUGCCAUUCUACAGUAAAACCACAGACAAACGAAGCAAAGCGAAAACUAAGAAGAAUGCAGCAGGGAACAGCAGAUCAGUUCACAAUGAACUGGAAAAGCACAGACGAGCUCAGUUGCGGCACUGUUUGGAGCAGCUAAAGCAGCAGGUCCCACUGUCCUCAGACUCCACAAGGAACACCACCUUGAACUUGCUUAGACGGGCACAGAUGCACAUAAAGAAACUGCAGGAGCAGAAUCAGAGGGCUGAGCUUCUGAAGGACCGGCUGCGCUGGGAGCAGCAGGAGUUGCGUAUGCGUCUGCAGCAGCUGCAGGGCGGCACAGAGAGGAUGCGCAACGACAGCCUGGGCUCAGCAGUGUCCUCUGAAAGAUCCGAUUCAGACCGAGAGGAUGUGGAGAUUGAUGUCGAAAGCAUGGUGUGGACUUUGGACUCUGAUGGCCUGGGCUUAACACACAACGACGCAGAUCAUAGUUACUCCACUUCUGAUCGGGCGUGGUUAUGACGACAAUAUAACCGCUAUUAUAAUUUGCUGAAACAUUCCAAAAACUGUAUCACAAGGUCGAAGGAAAAAAAAAAAGAAAAGAAAAAAAAAGAGGAGGGGCCUCAAACCAAAAAUAUGACGGCUUGCCACAGAAACACACUGCUGCCAUUUUAUAACCAUCAGACUCAGGCUGUUUGCAAGCAUGACUGGAUUUUUGGUAAUAUAUGAUAUUUUUAUGACGUGGUGCUCUUGAUACACAGUAAUUACUAGAGGUCUGACAGUGUGGUCAUGUAUUUUGUUCUUACUGUCCUUGUCAUUCUUCUUUAAGCUAAUUGGCUCUGUGUCAGGGUCAUUUUGCAGUAUAUACUUGCUUGCACUUAGACCUUUCACUUAUUUAACAAAUGUCGCGCUCUAAUUUUGAAAUGUUGCACAAAGCAGCCGCAUCAGCACUUAACUUCAUAUCAUUUACACUUUUGUUGUUCACGUUUGUCCUUCGAUUGCUUACGGCGAGAUUUUCACGUCAAUCACAGAUCAUGUCCAUAUCAGUGUUUUAAAAGCGUUUGUCUUUUGAAAGAUCCGAAAUCAUGGAUGUGCAUUCAACAGUCUGUUCACUCGUUUUAGUAAACCAUCUUGUUUGCCCAGUUAAAUUCAAUUUUUAAUAAUAAUAAUUAAUAACACUGAAAUUAACAUAAACAACUUCACAGACAGCUGGAUGUGAAGUUAAUAGAUGACUUCAUCCGAUAAUGGCAUUAUAAUUAAACUUGGUAUCGAUCAGCUGGCAUGAUCUCAUUUGCCUUAAAGGCGGCUUCCUUCACUUACCAGUGGCAUGCUUAAGCCACACAUUUCGUACUGAAUUGUACGUGUUCAAGGAAAGUGGUUCAUGCCUUACAAACCUGAACAAGAUACUUGUUUCCUGCACUAGUAGUUCUUAGGUAUCCAAAUUUUAGGUGCAAUUUAGAUCAAUUUCCCUAAAAUGAUUCCAGAAACACAGUGUAUUUUUAGAUAAAAAAAAUGUAGAUUAAUAGUAAGAGUUUCCCCUUUAAAAUGUAGUUGCUAGGUGUCACCUGAAAGGUGUCUCUAUACUUAGGACUCUUGUAAUAUGUGUAUAAAUUAUCAGCAGUCCUGCUGAACCAGGCAUUUAUGCAAUUAAUGAAUUAAUUAAUGUUCAGUUAUUCAGUGUAAAUAUACACAGCUAAAUAGUACACUGUAUAUGUGAUUGUGAACACCAAAAGCCUUAUGAAUUUUUUGUAUGUCUUUGGAACUCCAUCACUUUUUUGUAUUUAUCUGCCCUCUGUGUAUUCGUAUGUAGCAUUUUCUUACCAAUGUAAACCUUUUGUACAAAUAAAUAUUUUAUGUAUUUAACUUGA